AUGAAACGGUCAAGAGACCAGUUUAUGGAAUCCACAACGUCUACAUUUGGAAAUGCCACAUUCGAUCCAGCUGAACAUGUGUUUCUGAGACGAGAACUGAGUCGAAAUCUUGGUCCCGAAUUCGUGUCGGAGAGACCUGCUCCUGGUGGUGGUAAAGUGGCCUACAUUGAAGCACCCAAAGCGAUACAAAUUGCAAAUGACAUGUUUGGAUUCAAUGGAUGGAGCUCUACUGUUAUGGAUAUCACGGUGGACUUUGUCGAUGUGGAUGAUAAUGGCCGCAGUAGUUUGGGAUUAUCAGCCAUAGUACGAGUUACACUCAAAGACGGUGCCUAUCAUGAGGAUGUUGGAUAUGGCAGCAUGAUUAAUGCACGAGACAAGGCUUCUGCAUUUGAAAAGGCCAAGAAGGAAGCUGUUACAGAUGCAAUCAAGCGAGCCUUGAGGAGCUUUGGCAACAGUCUCGGAAACUGCUUAUAUGACAAGGUGUUUACGAAAGCCCUAGCAAGGCUCAAAGCUCCUCCGGCACCAGGAAUCGAUCCAUCAGAACUAUACCGUGCCGACCACUUGAAGCCAGCAUCGUACAUUCCACGUCCCCAUCCUCAACCAAACAACAACAACAUGCACAUGCAGUUCUCGUCAGCAAUGAACCACGACCAACCUCAAAAUAUGGCAAAGCAAAUGAUAAAUCCAUUAUCACUGCCGCAUUUUAAUCAUCUACACGACAGCAAUAACAGCAACAGCAAUAAUAGUAAUCAGGCUCCUCCCCCGUACGCAACGCCGCUUGGCCAACAACACCAACAGCAAAUGGCGUUACAGAAUAGCAAGAGUAACAAUCUUGGACGUCCAUCACCACUGAGAAUGAACAAGGAGCCAAUUGGACAUUACGGGAAUGUGAACUCGAGGAAGGGACCUGGAGAGACGAACGUCGCUAACAAAAAUAACAAUGCCAACAAUAACGCGAACAAUAACAUCAUCAACAACAACACCAGCAACACCAACAUCAAGCCAGAGAUGCAGAUUCCAGAGUUCAAUGGUAUCCAAAACUCUGCUGUCGAGUCUGACGUACUUGGAACGAAUCCUAACGUAAGGCUUUUGUAUUUAGACGAACUCAGUUUCGAGGAUAUAGAAGGACUGGAUGCUGUUAUCGCCAAGUCACACCAACCACCAGGCGCUGCUGGCCCUCCACAGCAACAGCAACAUCAUAAUGGACUGAAUCCACCACAAGGAGCUCAACCAGGCCAACCGCCGGUCAAUCGAGCACCACCUUUGCCAAAUCUGCAAGUUAUGAAUCAACCAGUUAAUCAUUCAGGAAUGAACCAUCAUCAGCAGCAACAGCAAGCGAUGCACCAACAACCGCAAAAGCAAGGAAUGCCUCAGCAACAACAACAGCAAGCCGGGCCUGCAAUGCCGAUCCAGCCUCAACAACAGCCACCGCAACCACAGCAAAAUCAACAACAGCAACCUAUUCUUCCACAAGGUCGACCUACAACAUCUAUCAACGGAGCAACUUCCACACAUACUCUACCACCAAAUCAACAACGUCAGCAACAGCAACAGUUACAGCGCGGUGUAUCGAAUGAAGGUUUGAAUCGUCAUCAAGAGCAACUACGACAUGCUGGGUCAAACAAUGGUAAUGAUGAUGUGAUUCGAGCCGGGUCAGUGCUUGAAAAAGAGAAUGAACCAGCUGGUAAUAUAGGCGGUGUCGUUCUUGUUGGGGCUACCCCAACGGAAUUGACGAAAACAGUAGAUGGACAGCUACCCAUCCCAGCUCUUGGUGCUCCACAACAACAGCAACCAGUAGCAAACCAACCAUUCGACGGGCCCAUGAAAAAACAACAGUCAAUGACUAGACAAGUCAGCAGUAACUGGCGACACACAAACAACCAACCGCCGGCUGCCAAUUAUGCAGCCUUCAACAAUACAAAUCACAAUCAUGCCCUGCAUCCCAAUGCUAGACGUCCUCAACAACCCACGACUGACUUUGGUGCUAAACCGGGUGCUGAUGGUGUGUAUGCAUUCGGAACUACUAGUCGUGGUAAUGUAGGAGAUGGCAAUGGUGGUGUUGGGAAUGGGAAUAAUGAGAAUGUUGGUCCACAGCAACAACAGCCGAACGGGAUAUGA